GUGCCUGGGGUCGUUGGCCAAGAUGCCGAAUAUCAAAAUCUUCAGCGGCAGCUCCCACCAGGACUUGUCCCAGAAAAUUGCUGACCGCCUGGGCCUGGAGCUAGGCAAGGUGGGGACUAAGAAAUUCAGCAACCGGGAGACCUGUGUUGAAAUUGGCGAAAGUGUCCGUGGAGAGGAUGUCUACAUCGUUCAGAGUGGCUGUGGGGAAAUUAAUGACAAUCUAAUGGAGCUUUUGAUCAUGAUCAAUGCCUGUAAGAUUGCUUCCGCCAGCCGGGUUGCUGCAGUCAUCCCAUGCUUCCCGUAUGCCCGGCAGGAUAAGAAGGAUAAGAGCCGGGCUCCCAUCUCAGCCAAGCUUGUUGCAAACAUGCUCUCCGUAGCAGGUGCAGAUCAUAUUAUUACCAUGGACCUUCAUGCUUCUCAAAUCCAGGGCUUCUUCGAUAUCCCUGUGGACAAUCUGUACGCGGAACCAACUGUCCUGAAGUGGAUAAGGGAGAAUAUAUCUGAGUGGAGGGACUGCACUAUUGUCUCACCCGAUGCCGGGGGAGCCAAGAGAGUGACCUCCAUUGCAGACCAGUUGAAUGUUGACUUUGCCUUGAUUCAUAAAGAACGAAAGAAGGCCAAUGAAGUGGACCGCAUGGUGCUGGUGGGAGACGUGAAGGAUCGGGUGGCCGUUCUAGUGGAUGACAUGGCUGACACUUGUGGCACCAUCUGCCAUGCAGCCGACAAACUUCUUUCAGCUGGAGCCACCGGAGUUUAUGCUCUCUUGACUCACGGAAUCUUUUCUGGCCCCGCCAUUUCUCGCAUUAACAAUGCAUGCUUCGAAGCAGUAGUGGUCACCAAUACCAUCCCUCAGGAGGACAACAUGAAGCAUUGCUCCAAAAUACAGGUGAUCGACAUCUCCAUGAUUCUUGCAGAAGCCAUCAGGAGAACUCACAAUGGGGAAUCUGUUUCCUACCUGUUCAGCCAUGUCCCUUUAUAAUAGAAUAACUUCUGAGGCUUUUAAAAAAUAAAGUGAACCCCUUCCCUUGUU